CUUUCGAACCUAGUAAAUAGGCUGGUCCAAAUCUAACCCCGAAGGUUCGGCUUCUGGUGGAGCUCUUUUAGCGCCGAGUCCGGACUCGAACUCGGAGCUCCACGCCGGAGGCCCCACCAAAAUGGACACUCACCGCUCUCGAAUCUCAGCACGGCAGAAAAAAAAUCUGGAUGGUGAUUUUCCGCCAGCCAGCCAGCCACCCCACACACCAGCAUUUCCAUUGAUCACUAUUGUCGAACCUCAAUCCACGGUCGCUAUCAUCCCAACAUACAAUGGCGCCCUCCAAAGAACUCGUCGCUGUCGGCGAGCAGUCGCUCGUCAAGAUUGAUCCCGACCAGACCCUGAAAGCUUCGAAGGCUCUUCUCUCCCACAUCAAGAAGGCCUCGCAACAAAAGGCCACCGAGUCCAACAAGCGCAAUCUUCUCGACGACGAGGAGGGCGAUGCGGACGCCGAGGACACCCCCAUCUGGCUCACCUUGACCACCAAGCGCCACGUCGUCGACAAGCCGCGCCUGCAGCCUGGCAAGAUCACGCUCCCUCACCCGUUGAACACCGACGAGUCGACCACCAUCUGCCUCAUCACCGCGGAUCCCCAGCGCGCCUACAAGGACAUUGUCGACAAUGAGGAGUUUCCCGAGGACUUGCGCAAGCGCAUCACAAGGGUCAUUGACUUCACCAAGCUUAAGGCCAAGUUCAGCCAGUACGAGGCCCAGAGGAAGCUCUACUCCGAGCACGACCUCUUCCUCGCCGAUGACCGCAUCAUCACCCGCAUUCCCAAGGUCCUCGGCAAGACAUUCUACAAGAGCCAGCUGAAGCGCCCCAUCCCCGUCAUCCUGCAGCCCAAGGGUUCCAAGGUUGCCGGCAAGCGCAAGCGUCCUGGCAAGGAAGAUGGUCAGGUCAACGCCGCCUCACCAACCUUGAUUGCCAAGGAGAUCACCCGCGCCAUUGGUUCGGCUCUUGUCAGCCUCUCGCCUACCACAAACACUGCUGUCAAGAUCGGGUACUCGGGUAUGACCGCCGAGCAGAUUGCCGACAAUGUCGAUGCCGUCGCGACGGCUCUGGUGCAGAAGUGGGUGCCCCAGCAGUGGCGCAACGUUCGCAGCAUAUACAUCAAGGGCCCCGAGUCCGCGGCUCUGCCCAUCUGGAUGACGGACGAACUGUGGCUCAACGAGACCGACGUUGUCGCCAACGGGCCCGAGGAGCUCGAGGGCGCCACCGAGAAGGCGAACGUGGGCAAGAAGAGGAAGACGCUGAAGGGAGAGACCGAGGAGCCCGUGGCAAAGAAGACCAAGAAGGCGAAGAAGGAGGUGGCGACAGAGGGCGACGACGACAAGCUAGACGCGCAGAUCGCAGAGCGCAAGUCAUCAUUAAGGAAGCAGAAGGCUGCCGCGAGAAAGUCAAUCGACUAGAGAGUAUUGGGAGGCGGUUCCAGGUCAUGAAGACGGCGUUCAGGCGUUUGGCAAAAAUGGGAGCAUACAUGUAGAUGAGCACCCACUGAGUUG